CCCUUCACGCCUGUCAGUGAGCGUCUCAGUUUAACUUCCGUAACUUCACUGAUAUGAACAGAACAAGCCCAGACUACAGGCAGCGUUAACGCGAUAGCGACCUAAAGAGUUGGACAAGAUGUCUGAUUCAGACUCUGAUAGUGACUGUAGUCAUGAGUGUUGUGACUUUGGACAACGGAUGAAAGCUAAACUCAUCGCUCAAAAUAUCAAAGCUACCACCUUCAAUCCAUCAGAUGAGAUUAUUGAUGAAUGGAGCACGAUACCAUGGGAUAUCAAAGUGUUGGCUACACAGAGGAUGAAACUGUGUGCCUUCUGGCUGCCAACCGUGCUGCAGCGGGACAGCUCCAGCCAGAUGACCCUGUGGGCGCUGGAAAUAGGUCUGAUCAACUCAAACGAAGAUAUUAGCAUGAAGCAGCUGCACCGGAUAGAAACAGUGGAAGCCGUCCUCAGAGCCUUGGAGAAAGGAACUCUGAAAGCGGACCAAACAAAGCAAGUUUUCUGGAUAAGCAACAUGUUUAACUUGCGCUCCCCGGAGGCGUAUGAGGAUGCAGUACGUUGGUUGGAGCGAUCAGGAGAACACUCAGCUCGACAGCAAAUAGAGGACUUUGGUCAUUUUGAAACCGGCUACACAGCCCUGCUGGUUCUCUUCACAGAGUUUGCAAGGUAUAUUCACAAGAUGAGUUCCAACUUACAGAGGACAAUGAAUACACUGCUGGUUCAACCAUCUGCACUUCAUAAAGAGAAAUCUGACGAAAUGAAGAAGAAAGGAAAUGAGAAAUUUCAGAGCCAACUGUAUGACGAAGCUAUAAAGUUUUAUUCCAAAGCCAUCAAAUAUAACCCUGAAAACCACAUCAUAUAUGGAAACAGGGCGCUGUGCUUUAUCCGCUCUAAGAAAUACAUAAAAGCUAUGGGUGAUGGGAAACGUGCUUGCCUGGUUCAACCUCUCUGGGCAAAGGGUCAUUACCGCUACUGUGAAGCUUUGUUCCUGUUGGGAGAGCUCAAAAUGGCGAUUGAAGCAAAUGGUUUAGGCCGGCAUUGGUGCAAGGACGACCAAGAGGGACUCAGAGAUCUGGAACAACAGCGCCUGAAGUUUGUGACUGAACUUCAACAAGUUGAACAGCUUAAGAAAAAUCUGAGCAAAAAACCUAACAACACUCACAAAGCACAAGCUGCAGAGUCCAAACCACAGUCAUUCAAAGUUGGUGCAGUUAUGCGUAUACCUCCACAGAACAUGACCAAAGAGGUUAAAUCCAAUAAACAACCGGAGGUUCAGAACAAGAAACAAGCAGAGGUUAAAAACAACAAACAACCAGAAGUUAAAAACAACAAACAACCUGAGGUUACAGCCAACAAACAACCUGAGGUUACAGCAAACAAACAAGCAGACGUUAAAAACAUCAAGCAAGCAGGGAAAAAUGAAAAGACCACCCAGGCAGAGAGCACUGCCAAAGCCUCGAAGCCAGCGAAAAGUCAGCCAACUUCAAAGAGUGAGAAAGGAGAGUCCAGCACGGCAGUGAAGAAGAAAUCCAAGAACAAAAACAUUCAGUCCGAGACUGAGAAACCGAAAGCAGUCGGUGUCAAAGCAGCUGUGUGUGAAGAGUUGAAGUCCAUGGUGCAGGAUGCCCACACUGCUCUGUCCGACGACCGCAGCCGCAACGCAGAGCAGUCCUUCAGCCAGGCGCUGGUUGUGGUGGAAGCUAACAAUCCAAAGGAACUCGGUCUCUCCACUCUGGAUGUGCUGCUGCUGCUGUAUGGCCGUGCAUUGGCCCUUACAGAGAUCGGCCAGCCUGAGGAACUUGGAGAAGCACAAAGACUUCUGGAAAAGGUCAAAUCCUUUGAGGAGAGGACGUUUCAGUGUCUGGUGUUCUACGCCAUCGGCAGAGUGUUUGUAAGAGAGAACAGGUUUGCAGUUGCUCUGGAGAAGUUUUCAGACUCAAUGCAGAUGGUGAAGAAUCAGAUAACACCGGGGAAACUCACCUGGCCUCUGACCAAAGAGAUUGUCAAAGAAACACAGCCGGAUUAUUUCAAGGAAAUUCUGGAGAAUAAUUUAGAGAUGUGUAAGUUUCCACCCAUUCCCGAUGCGGUUUGCCGGCUGGAGAAAUGCUUGGGCUCUUCUAAGGCUGAGAUCUACUUCACAGAUCCAGAUUUUAAGGGCUUCAUUCAGAUGAGUUGCUGUCAGAGCUGCAUGGUUGAAUACCACAUGACCUGUUGGAAGACCCUGAAGACCCUGAAGACGUCGCCUGUAUUUGAAAAGAGUGAAAAGGAUUUCCUGCUGGAGUCCUGUUUUACUCCAGACUGUGUCGGUAAAAUCUGUGGCAUCAAAAUUUAUGGUCCUACAGGUCUGGUGAAAUGUAAGUUUGAAGCUACCAUCCCCAAACCUGUGACUCCAAAGAAGCCAAGAGUGAACCAGACAUGUACAAGUCUGAAAAACAUCAAAUCUAAAGAGGAGCGUAAACUGAGGAGGAAGCAGCACAAGCAGUCGUUCCAAGAAAAGCAGGUGAUCAGCAAUGAGAUCCUCCAGAAGAAAGAAGACUCUGCGUCUCAGGCUCAGCAGAAAGACUGGCUGCUGUACAGGGAUCGCGUUCUUCUGCAGAUCAGCCAGACCAUGGAGCUGCUGCGAGAGGAGAAAGGACUCCCCGUGUCGACCCUGACCGACAGUCUGAAGCCCUGGCUGGAGCUGGACUCGUCCAGGGGGAACAAGGUAGCAGGACGGCUGCUGAACUGGCAGCAGGAGCAGCUGGAGACUUUGGGUCAGGCUGUUGAGCUUUUGCUGGAGAGGAAGAACCGGGUUUGGGCUCGAGUAGUCGUUGAAGUACUCAGCGGUUCUCUCAAUAUAAACCCUAAACUCUACAACUGGGCGUGUCAGCUCAACAGCGCAGGCCUGAAUGCUGCCAAAUCCUUCAUCGAGCGCCACGCGGGACACCUGGAGCAGCUGGACUUGGCUUUUUUGCUUAACUUUAGCCCUCUUCAAGAGGUGAUUAUAGAUAAGCUUGGGACUAGGCUGGAGCUUUUUUCAAACGCUGGCUUGACUGUGACUGAAUACCUAAAACAAGCUCAGCCUCAUGAUAUGAGACUGUUUAUCUGGACUCUGGAGGAGCAUAGGGAUGUGUACGCCUCCUGCCACUCUAUACUGGAUGAAUAUUUUGAUAUGAUGGAUGGACAUUGUUCAGUCUUAAAAAAGUCUGAUGAAAAUCAAAAUAAUUCCCCUAUGAAGAGUCGAGGUCGAAAAAAGAAAAACAAAGAGUCAAAGGGUGUUUAUGUGAGAAGUGUAACGCCGAGAGACGACUUUGAUCAAGACUAUUUUGAAGAUGACUCUUUAUCAUUCCUGCACCCCGGUGAUCCCUUCAGCGUACCCAGUCACCUUCGAGACCAGGUGGCAGCUUUUGAGGAGCAGUACAGCAGCAGCGGACACAGAGGAGGUCACUAUAAAAGCAUUUUGGACAACAACCCGGACACCACAAAAGAGACUUUGUAUGACUACUUUGCUCAGAUUUUGGAGGAGCACGGCCCCCUGGUAGCUGAGGACCGUCUGUUGGUGGGUGAACUGGAAAACUUCCCUCCUGCGGCUCAGCAGAAGAUCCAAGAAGCAGGCGGCUUCGAGAUCUUCCUCCUAGAGUCCCUCCGCUUCAUAAAGAUGGGGCAGAGUAUCGGCCUGACGAAACACGCCGUCUCCCUGCAGCAGUCCAGCCUGGACGACCUGGAUAACCUGGAUGAUCUGGAUGACAUAAUGGAUCCUUACACAAACGGCACAUCCUCUGCUUGGCAGUCAAGUCAUGAAGCUGUUUUCAAAGCGUAUCUGGAGCGUAAUCCAUCCAGUCAAGUGUAUCCCAUCCUCCCAAGUCCAUAUGUAUUUGUCGCUGAGCCUCCUCCUCAUGUCCUGCCAGGGAACGGAGACACUCAGACUGGAAACUUUAACUUCCCUCAGUGGAGUACCGGGGAAGAGCAGGUCCCUUAUAUUGUACCUAAUGACUGUGAGGAGGCGGAUCUAUAUUGUAGCGGGGGUGAAGACGGACUCAUGGAAACCGACUCAUCCUCAGUGUUAAAUGAGGAAGGCCUUUGGAAGAGACAUGCUGCAGUUCAGACGAGUCAGGAGACCAUGAGGAGUGUAGCGGUGAAUACGGAGCUUCAUGAGCGCUUUGAGACCCUUCAGGGAGACAUCAACAAAAGGCAAAAGAAAAACCAAACAUUGGCCAUGCAGAUCCAAAAAAUGUCGAGCAGCUGUGACGAAGUGGAUCUGAAGCACAAAGAAGACCUCGCCGUCCUGGAGGACGACAUACAGAAGAUCACUGCCAACAUACAAGUGACCAAGAAAGAGCUGACACUGUUCCAGCAGAAGCUUGAAGAGGAGGUUAAGAAAGACCAGAACGAGAAGAAAGCCAACCAGGAGGUGCUGAAGGCCCUCAAAGUGGAGAUAGAGGACCUGCAGGAGGAGCACAGGAGUCUCACCCGAAACAUCCGGGAGAAGAAAAGCAGCUUUGACUCACAGCUGAGGGACUUCUUGGAGCUGAGUAAUCAGUCAGCAGCAGAGAAAAUGAGUCUGGAGGAUGAGAUCAGACGCUGUAAGACCUCGCUCACCUCGGCUACCAGGAGGUGUAACAACGCUCAGCUGUCGGUGGUGGAGAGCAGUCGGGACCAGAGUCUGUACGGCCUCUACAGAGAGCUGGCGACCAACAAGGCUUCACUGAGCAAACUGGACGAGGCGGCUCACAGAUUCCCCAACCAAGAUCUGGAAAUGACCCAAAAAACCUGGAGAGCCAACGUGCAAGAAAUCGAAAAGAAAAUCUCCACUAUUGAGACUCAGUUCAAGGAGCAGAUGGAUCAGGUGAAGAACGGCAGGAGAGUCAACGAGCUUCUUCCUGUCAGUGUGAGCAACCAGCAUGAACCUCCAGCUGCAGCAAUGUCUGUGGCAGCCGCUCUGUCCUCCUCAUCCUCCAGCAGCAGCUCUCCCUCACUCACCCAGCAGGCUGCAGCUGAGGCUCCAGCUGCUCCCCCUCAGACUCAGCACAGACCUGCAGGCCGAGCAUCAGGACCCUCACACACCAACAACACAGUGUUCGACAAGGCCAUGGAGCACCUGGCCUCCAUGUUCCCCGACUACACCAGGCCAGAGUUGAUGCGGUUUGUUCAGGAGCUUCGUUCCUCCAGCGGUGGCAGCCUGAGCAGCAUGGCCUUACAGGACAUGGUGGGCGGAGUGAGCCAGCUCAUCUUGGACCAUCAGGAAAGGAGUUCAGCUUAUAAACCCAGCCUCAUGGGACGAGGAGGAAGUCCAGCUCAGUCUGUUACUCCUCCGUUAAUGAAUCCAUCUCCAGUCUGGCAGACUUUCCAGACAGGACCCCAGAGAGCCACACAGUCCAACGCGCUGAAUGUUGAAGAUCCUUGUAUCAUCUGCCAUGAAGACAUGAGUCCAGACACCAUGUGUGUGCUGGAGUGCCGACACAGCUUCCAUAAUGAUUGUAUCCGGUCCUGGCUGAAGGAGCAGAGCACCUGUCCCACCUGCAGAGACCACGCUCUGCUGCCCGAGGACUUCCCCGUGCUGCCAGGCAGAAGACGCCAAGCCCCAUGAUGCUCUUCAUCACACCUCUUGAUGUUCUUUCUGACACCUUGUGCACGCUUCAAUCACUUGAAUCACUUUUAUCUCUUUUGUUUAAUUAAAAUCCUCUCCUGAGACUGGACGAUCUUUAAGCCUGAUUUUAUCUCUUUUAAACACGUUUGAUUAAAAUCUUCAAAAGGAGAAACUUGAGUUUUUUGGUAUCCUUCAAAUGUGUAAGACAUCCAUUGAUACUUUAAUAAAACAAAGAUCCUGUUUGAGCUCA